GAGCUCCUCCACCUAGUUCAAGCUUGUGUUGAUUCAAUCCAAAGGUAGACAAAGGAGAGUUAAUCCUGUCUUCAUAAUCUAGUGAGGUACUUAAAUUAGUGUUAACUCAGGAAAGACAACAGAGUAAAGAAUUCGCUUUCACAGCUCUCACUUAGCCACCCAGCUGUCCCCUUCUGUAUAUGAUUUAGAAAUAUGUGUGUGUACAUUUGUCCAUUGGAGUACUGUAAUCUUCCAGCAAGUAGCAAUUCCUUCCUAGCCUAAUGCCUGUUACCGAGUUGGUAAUUAAUUACUGUUUGAUUGAUUACAAAGUAUUUAUAUAGAAACUUUCUCCUUUGAUUGUCCCAACAGCCCUGUGAGAGAGGUAAUAAAAAUAUUCUCAUUGCCUUUGUGAAUAUGAAGAAAGCAGGGUUAGGAGAAUGGCCUGAGGUCCCAAAGCUAGUGACUCUUUAAGUUCCCUCUCUUAGAGCUUGGCCCACCUGCCUAGAACCUGCAGAAACACCAGCCUACUGUGACCUCAGCAGCGGUGGAUGGGUCAAGUGAUGACCCAGGAGGCUAGUGAAGCAUCGCUGUCUCCAGUCUGAAGAGGCUGGGAAACGCUGUUUUGUCCUCGGUAAACUCGGGAGGUCAUCUCCCAGACUGUGCUCACUGAGCAAGGAAAUGAGGAGAAGACUAGGAAACCAAAAUGUGAUUUGGCUGCUGCCAAUCAUUUUAAACUUUUUGAUGUGGGGAAAUCACUUGAAGGCAGAAGAGUUAAUGAAACUGGUCUCCUGGUUGUUACACAAAUAAGAUACUUCAUCUCUCAACUCUGGGCAUUUUCUCCGGCUGACCCCAUUCUCUGAAUGCUCUCUCUAACCACGUCUUGACCACUGGCCUUCCUAACUUCCUUUAGUUCCCAUCUGAAGUCUACCUUCUACAGAAAAUCUCCCCCGACCCAUCUUAAUUCUGGUGCCUUCUCUCUUAAUUAUUUGCUGUUACUGGAAAGACCUCCAGGAAUUAAUGCAGAGAGAAAGGAGCAGCACCAGGAGAACAUUGUACACAGACACUGACGCACUGUGGUACAAUUGGAAUAUAAUAGACUUUUUCUACUAGCAGCAAUGCAAUGACCCAGGACAAUUCAGAGGAAUUUAUGAGAAAGAAUGCUGUCCACACCCAGAGAAAGAAUUGUGGGAGCAGAAACACUGAAGAAAAACAUAGGAUUGAUCACAUGACUCGAUGGGGAUAUGAUUGGCGUUUUGGCACUAAAAGAUCACUCUUUUGCAAAAAUGAAUAAUAUGGGAAAAGGUUUUGAACAAUGAUACCUGUACAACCCAGGGGAACUGCUUGUUGGAUUCGGGAAGGUGGAGCACCCUGUGGCCAAGUUGCUGUUACCCAAACCUUAAAAAAUGAAGCUGAACCUAUCUUAGGAGGAGUCAAUAUGACCAACUUGGAAGUUCCCUGGCAUGUGACCAUUCAUUUCAAGAAGUCAUACUUAUGUGGAGGAACAAUCCUGGAUAAGUGGUGGAUUCUAACGGCUUCUCACUGUUUCAGGAAUGAUAAUGCAUCCGGUUUUAAAGUACACCUGGCAACAACGGACAUUCACAGUCAGCAAGUGGAGAAGAGAACUGUGAAAAUGAUCAUCCUUCACCCUAACUUCAAUCAAUUAUUCAUGGACAAUGACAUUGCUUUACUGUUGCUCAAUGAUCCUAUAGAAUUUGGCACUGACAAAAUACCAAUCUGCGUGACUAAAGACAUAAAAAAUAUGAAAGAAUGCUGGGUAUCCGGAUGGGGAAGUUCAAGACCUAAGAGGAAAACAUCUAGCUCCCUGCAAAAGGCUAACCUUCAACUCUUAAAUUGGGAAGAAUGCUACAAGAAAGUUUUUAUGCUCACUGAAAACAUGCUGUGUGCCUGGGAUGUUGAAGGAAAGAGAGAUUCCUGCCAGGGUGACAGUGGGGGACCUUUGGUCUGUCAUCAGGGGACUAAAAAGAAAAUAUGGUACCAAGUGGGCAUUGUCAGCUGGGGAGAAGGCUGUGGUCGAAAAGGGAAGCCUGGUAUAUACACUGCAGUCUCCAACUACUUGCUUUGGAUUGUGCUACAGACCCGUAAGGCAGGUUAUCCUUACAUCCUAGAUGCUGGAUAUUUUUUUGCUCCCUCACGAUGUUUAGUUUUAACAUUGUAUUUCUUGUCUCUUUUUUAUCUUUACAAUUACAUAAUUUAAAGCCCCUAGAAUAA